AUGAAGCAGGUAUGGACGAUCAAACCUGCUGCCCAGGUAGACCGCCCACGAAGCAGCUUUAAGAAGGAGCAGAGCUUGCGGGCGCAGCCUGACCUCCAGGAUCAGCCAGGCGAGGACAUUGAGCUGGCAUGCCUGCCGGCCUCUCCGGUGGGCGCACAGGAGGCGCACGCCACGCCGCAGCUGUUUGGCGGCGCACAAAUGGCUCCGACAGCAGCUGAUGCGCAGCAGGCUGCCAGCCCUCCGGCAUACGUCCAUUGCCACUCCUUCGAUGUGGCCCGCUGUGCCGUCAGCGUGCUCAAGUUUGCCCCCGGCUCGGCGGAUCGCCUGGCCUGGGGCGCCGACGACGGCGCCGUGUACCUGGCGACCGCGGAGCAGCCGCCGCGCCUGCUACAGGUGCUGGAGCGGCACCGAGGCAAGGUGUCUGACCUGGCUUGGUCUCCCGACGGUGCCACGCUGCUGACGUGCAGCCAGGACGGCACCGCCUGCCUGUGGGAGGCAGGCUGCGGGCGGCUGGUGCGCGGCGUGCACAACCUGUCGGGCCCGCUCGGCUGCUGUGCCUUCCACCCCGUCAACCCAAACCUGCUGCUGCUGGGCACGGCGGCCGGCGAGCUGCUCACCCUCAAUGCCAGCACAGGCCACUUGGUCGCCAAGGCUGAGCUGCAGGCUGCGCCGAUGGCGCGGGUGGGCGCCUGCUCUCUGGCGCCCUCCGACCGCGGCCAGCUGCUUGCCGCCGACAGCCGCGGCUGCCUGCACCUUUUCGACGCCUCCCUGCACGGCGGCGCAGCACCGCGCAUGGCGCUGCUGGCCCACCUCCCGCCCUCACGCAACCGCUUCCACGAGCCGGCAUGCUUGGAGUAUGCGGCACACAGCGGGCUGGCGGGGGGCGCCGCCGUGCUUCUGGUGCUGUCCAGCGGCGAGGUGGUGCUCAGCAGGCUGCACCAGAAGCCGUACCGUUUGGAGGCGGUACAGGAGGUACGCACCGCUCCGGCGUCCGCCAAAGUCAGGGCCUCGCUUCGGCCGGGCUAUGCGGCGCGGCAGCAGGCGGUGCUGGCGACCGGCGGCGAGGACUGCAGGGUGCAUCUGGUGGGGUUGAGCCAGGCGGGAGAGGCGCCGCGCCUGCUGGCGGCGCUUACCCACCACCACGCUCCGGUGCUGGGCGUGGCGUGGAGCUGGUGCGGCAGCCGGCUGGCAUCAAGCGACAUGAAGGGCGUGGUGGUGGUGUGGCGCGAAGAGACAGCCCAGCCAGCGAGCGACGACCCGGCCGCUGACGGGCUGGCAGCCCCAUGA